AUGCUGACGCUCGCGGAGCUCGCUGCGAUGCCCUGGUGUGGCUGGUUGUUCGUCUACGCGUUCGUGCUGUUCUGCUUCUCCGUCGCUCGAUGCCUCACUCUCCAUGAUCUCGUGGGCAUGUAUGGCAGCCCUCAGGACUACACGUCGGGCUUGAAGACUGCAGCGUUGGGACUCGGAUUUCUGGAGGACUUUGUCUGUACGACCUACUUCGCAGGUAUCCUGUGGCUGUUUGAUACGCUGAAAGUCGAGGCUGUUAACCGGCUCGGUCCGAACGAGUUCGUCACGCGUGUCGUCGGAGAUGCCACCACGUACUUUGUGUCGUGGCUGCUCUUCUUCUUCAUGAUGGCACCGUUUGUUGCCGAUAUGCUGCUCGUAGUGAACCGAGACAUGCGGUUCUCGUUCGACUUGCUGGCCACGUUAAUCCGGGAGCGAGAGUAUCUGAGCGCGGCUCCGAUCUCCAGCGAGGAAAUCCACAGAGGGUACAAGUACGGCGCGACGUUGGUGAUGGUCACUACGCUCUUUGCCUUUAUCCGCUUGUGGGCUAGUUGGGCGGAUCUCGCUCGGUGGAAUCCUACGCUCUUGCUGAACCUUGGAGCUGAAGCAACCGCUGCGAAAUCUGUCAAAGGCGCCAAGUACGAGGGUCUUGCGCUUGAAGAGGGCGCAGAUAACAACGCAGUCGGCAAGCUCUCACUCGUAAGGGAACGACUCUUGGACCGAGAGCGCGUCCUAGCCGUCGUUGUCGUCCUUACGGGUCUUGUAGCCAUGCCCGUCGGUCUUAUGGCGAUCAGCUCCAUGUGCUCUCCGCUGGUCGUCUACUGUGGAUUGAACGCUACCCUGAACGAGCUGUUCGCCCACUCGCUGCAGCCAGUAGCCACGGAUGCCACGUUCGUGAAUGAAUUCGGCGACAAGCCCUGGGUCGAGACGUUUAUCCACCCGACUGAGAGGCACACACUCUUUGGCGCCGACUCACUAUACCGACGCACCACGGGUUUCCGUGGGGAUCUAGCGUUCGACGUCAAGGUCGCAAAGGAAAACCCUCCUAACGUGCUGGUCAUUGGAGUCGAGUCUUUCCGCUACCAAGACUCUCGCUACCUUGUCGGAGAAGAAGACCCGUCCAACCUGUUCAAGGGAACGAGCAUGACCAUCACGCCCAACUUCGACAAGUGGGCCAAGCGCGGAGUGGCUCUACGCAACAUUUGGUCCAGUACGCCCACGAGCCGGUCGCUGGAGAGUUUGAUCUUCGCACAGGUUCCUUAUCACAGCAACGUGAACACAGCCAUCACCGGUGGAAGGAACGGCACGGAGCUCGCUGGUUUACCUCAGUUGUUUUCAGCCAAGGGGUACGAGACCUACUUUACGACCGGGUCGUCGAUCAAGCUUGACAAUUGGGACAUCUUCCUGCCCACUCACGGCUAUGAGGCGGUGUGGGAUAACCACAAAAUCGUCGAGUUCGCUGAAGCCAACUACAACAUUUCCCACGACGAAUGGUUCGGGCCUGAGCGUCGCGGAUUCCGCUGGGGGGUUCACGACGAUGUGAGCUUCCGAGUUCUGGGCGAUCUGCUCAUGAACAAGACGAAGGAGCAGAGCGAACGCGUGGCCAGGGGGCAGACGAAGAAGCCCUCGUUCAUCACGCACUACACCAUCUCCAGCCACGAACCGUACAAGAAGCGCCCGACUUGGUACGCGAACGCCACGAAACCCGAUUUCUCGGCCUUUUAUGACGGCCACACGCGCGCAGACCACAUUAAAAACUACCUCGAGAUGCGGCACUUUACGGACGUGGAGCUGGGCAAGUUCAUGGACCGCAUGGAGACGGCAGGCAUCCUUAACGACACAAUCGUCGUUAUCAUGGGCGAUCACGGCCAAGCACCGGAGGUUGAGAUGAAGAACGCCCACGAGGAGGCGGUGACGCGAGUCCCAGCCGCCAUCAUCGCCGAGGGACGGCUCGGAGACUCUGUAGGCCUCGUGAUCGAAGACGCAGCCGAGCAGUACGAUAUCCUCAACACGCUGGCGGACAUCACGGGUGUACCGGAGGGAGGGUUCAUCCAGACUGGUGUCGGGCGCUCGCUCAAGCGCAAAGUCCCCUUCGGCCAGCGAGUGGUUUUCAGCAACGACCCGCUGCGCAAAAUGUCCAUCGUGCGUGGCAACCUGCGCCUGCGCUACGACGAUAUCAUCGACUCGGUCAUGCUGCACGAUACGGAGGCAGAUUACGGCAUGACCCAGGAUUUGUUUGCCCUCAUUUCUCCUGAAGAGCGAGCUGAGUGGAUCGCUUGGCGCGACAGAGGACGAAGAAUUGCUUCCUACUUCAAGCAGCGCUGGGACGAGAACUGCCUGCUUGCCGUCAACUGCACAACGACGGAAGGCGCGUGA